AUGCAGAACCCUGCUCAGGACCACGCGGAUCAGGUGCUCCAUGACCAGCUCCUGGCUGCUCAGCACAACAUGCACCGUCCCCAGGGCGGUCCGAUCCAGCAGCACCUGCAGCCGAACACUGCUAGCCCCCGUGAUCAGGCUAACAUCGACCCGGCCAUCUCUGGUGCCAUGAUGUCUGCUGCGCCUCAGACCCCUACCCAACCUCAGCAGGGUUCGCCGGACGAUGUUACCCCCAAGAGCUACGGCAAGCGUGAACUGUCAACCUCCAAGCGUGCUGCUCAGAACCGCGCUGCUCAGCGUGCUUUCCGCCAGCGCAAGGAAACCUACAUCCGCAAGCUGGAAGCUGAGAACAAGAACAUCGACGCUCUCCGUGAGCAGAUGAAGGCCAUCCUCAAUGAGAACUACAGCCUACGUGACUACGUCGUCACCCUGCAGAACCGUCUCAUGGACGCCUCCAUCGAUGUCCCCGAUGCACCGGGUAACAUCGAUCUUAGCCAGCCCCGUCACGACCUGUCCAUGGCCGCCGCCAUGCCCGAUGCCGGUCCUGCUGGCCAAGUGCCCAAUGCGCCGGUUCCUCAGCAACAGGCCCAGCACCCUGGUUCUGCCGGCGAUGAGCUGAAUCUGAACAGCAUCGCCGUCGCUGGCCUUGGCAUGCGCAAGCACCCGGACGAGAACGCUUUCAUGGCUGGUAACUUCCAGCACAACAAGCGCGUCCGCGUCGAUGACAACCAGGGUGACCUCUCCGACGCUAUCCCCAAGCAGGAGGCUCACCACGGGCUGCCCAUGGCUUAA